CGGUGUUGCGUUGAUAAGAACACACCCGACUGUUUGCAACAACAUUGAAUCCAAAGUUCAGAUAGACAGUCAUGAAGCUUCAGCUGGACCUGCUGUGUUUUUGCCUGCUGUGUUUCACUGGAAAAACUCUUUGUGAUGAAAAAGGACCAGCGGUCAUCAAAGUGUUGGUGUCAGAAGGGAGUGAUGUUACAUUACCCUGUUCCCUCAGCACCAAGGAGAACAUCGAGCAGAAACUCUUUGACUGGAGGAAAGAUGAAGGUAUGACGGGGGUGUUCAUGUAUGAUAAAGGCCUCCAUCAUAACAACGGUCGUCCAGGUCAAGAUGAGCAGUUCAAAUGGCGAGUCUUUCAUUUCCAAGAUGAGCUGAAACACGGCAACGCCUCCAUAUUCAUCAGAAAUACAAAGAUGGCUGACAGUGGAAACUACACUUGUGUUUUUCCAUUUGUGCAGAGAACAGAAAAAUCCCAUGUAAUGCUUGUCGUUGUUUCAUCUCCAAAGCCAUCUGUCACAGUCCUCAAUGCCACAAAUAAUGGGAUGCAGCUGCAGUGUGAGGUUCAUGGUGCUUCUCCAAAACCUAAAGCAGAGUGGAAGGACAGUGAUGGAAACAUCCUUCCUGCUGAGGAGACACAGGUCACAGACAGAGGAGGCAGCUAUGACAUCAUCCUCCAAACUACUGUGACCAAGACCGACCGCUAUCGCUGUGUUGUCACACAGGAGGAAAUCAACCAUCAGAUUCAUGCUGAGAUAUAUGUGUAUAUCAUUGACAACAGCAGGAGCAAUAUUAAUGUUAAAUGGCUUAUUGCUGCUGCAAUUUUAGCCUUCUUUGGGCCUGCUGCAGUUUGUUUUUUUUGGUGGUCUCGCAGGCUCAACAAGAGGAUUGAUAGAGAAAAACAGCUCCAGAAAUUUGAACAUCUGAUGAAAACUAAUGUUCGACGUAAAGCUGGCUGUAGUACGAGGACUCAGACUGAACCUGAGGAUCUUCAGUCAUGUUCUGGUUCAAAGGGUUCCAAGACUGCAGAGAGAGAGAAGGAGCAGCAGCCACUGAAUACUGGUGCACAUGACUCACAGGCAGCAGCACCCCCCGAUUUGACGUCGUAGAGGAGUGUGUGUGUGUGUGUGUGUGUGUGUGUGUGUGUGUGUGUGUGUGUGUGUGUGUGUGUGUGGUGGGGUGGGGGGUGGGGGGGUGGGGGGUAACCAUUGUAACAUAGUGUGUACUCACUAUGUAUGUGACCGGCAGCCAUCUUGAAUUUGCAAGUCGGGGUUGAUGUGGUUGCUCCGAGUUUCCGAGUUGGAAAUCCGAUCUCAGGGUGCGUUCGACCGGGAACUGGGAAUUUCCGACCUCCAAGUACAAAACGAACGCACCAAGAGUUCCUGAUUGCUUACGCUGAGCUUCAUACUGUGUGUUGGAGCAAGGCCAUGUAGGGCUUUAAAAGUAAUUAGUAAGAGUUAAAAAUCAUUUAUACGUAUACUUAAGUCUGGCAGCUGAGUUUUGAACAGCGUCUCUCUGACACUUGGUCGGGUUCUGUAAAUAAAACUUGUGCUCUGGUCUUCACUAUGCUCAUAUCCUGUGACAUUUUAAGUUUUUUUCUUGAAUGAUAAUUUAAACUUUAAAAAUAACAAUUUCAUUUAGUUUUCUUCACAGAAAUAACUGAAAUGCUGAGAUGAAGGCCUGCUGUCAAUUAAAAAAGUGUUCUUACACCUGUUGAAAUCAAGAAGGCCUCUUAACCACAAGGCCAUAAUUCUAGCUUAUUGCUAUGGACUACUUCAUUUGCACUUUUCUAAGUUUUAACGUUUGUCUCAAUAUUUAGAUUUUGUUUCUUAACGAGUUAAUUACUUUCUAAAAGAAAUCUUUUUGUGUUGAAAGAAAAGCUUUAAGAUUCAAGUAUUGAGUGGGGUUUAACACAAGUGUGAGACUGAAGUGGCAGAUAUGUUUUAGGCCUUCACUGUGCUGUGUAUCAGACUGUAACAUUCAACCCUUUGAUAAUGACUGAGAUGCCAAAACAUACAUCUUGUGUUUAGUUCAUUCAUGUUCGUGUCAGUAUCACAAUUAAAAGUGUCAUUGAGAUUUGGUUGUGAGACUUCUGCAGGAGGCAAAAUGAUGUUGUAUCAUAUUUUUAUAUUCAGACCAAAAUACAAGACUUGAACCAGAGUUUGCUACAAUGCUGUAAAAGUGUCAAAUAUAGUGUAAAACAUUUGUCACUUUAUUGAUAUAUUGUACCUAUUUUUAUAUUUUGUGCCUUUACAAAUGUUUGCUCAUGUCUGUGCACUUUGUUGUGUUCAUCAUGUGUCAGAGUGGUAUCAAUGUUCUCAUCUAACUUACAGAGGAGUUAAUAUGUUUAUUUUCUAAAAUGUUGAACUUUUCCUUACGUACAACAAGCCAGAGUGUGUAGAGUCACUGUCAAACUGUUUAUGGUGUAAAUGUUAUACACUUGUAUCUUGCCUUUAUGUGAUUUCUAUCAGUUCUGUUUAUCUGUUUAAAUGCUAUUAUACUGUUGAAUAAAACAUGCUGACAUUA